UUUAUAAAAAUGUUCAUUCUCAUUUAGUUGGUAAAAUAGAAAACUAUGAAGGUGCUUUAUUGAUAAAACAGAAGACGGUGUCUCAUUUUAUAUAUAUUUACGCGCAGAGCGACGUGGUCUUAUCCGAGACGACAAGACAAGGACAUUGUAGAAAAAGAGAGAAGAAGGAGUCGAAAGAGGGGAAAAACUGUUAGGUCAGCUGCGUAACUUUUGUAUAACAGAGAUCCUACUCUGUUUAGUGCGGUAAAACGCGUGUGCGUCACCGUUGUAUCGAUGCACAAAAUAAAAAAGAAAUCAUCGCAGCGUGAUUUUUAUAUAGUAUUUAUCGAGAAGGAAAACAACGUAAUUUUAUGUUUGAAAAACGGGGGUUAGCGUGAAAAAGUGUCGUUAGUGAUUGUCUCCUUUUCAAGCGGUUUCAUGUUAUUGAGAAUCGAUGUAAAAAAAAGAAAUCCUCAGCCAAGUGCACUAUUUUACGUGUUUACUUAAUCAGAAAUGUGGAAGUGAAUUGUAUUAUUUUUUCACCGUGCGAAAUACGAGUGUUUCGCAAUUUGUCGCACAGAGAGCGCGUUUUCUCGCAAAAUCGUAGCUAACGAACUUCUCCCGAGAGAUGGAUGAAGAAGCGCAGCACCAUUAUGAACUGCGAAGUAGGAGUAGAUCGAGAUCACACACUCCUAUGAUAUUAAAUCAAACUUCGAACGACUCGGACACACCGGAACAUCAUUACGAUCUAAGGAGUAAAAGUCGAGAAAGAUCUCACACGCCUGGUGAAGUAACGAGCAGCAGACGUUCAGGAACAAGAUCAUUACCAGGCAGCACAGGAAAGCAGAGAGAGAAAGAGUCCAAAGUAAUGGAUAUAAUAGCGGAAAAGAAAGAAGAAUCAAAAAUGGAGAAUAUGACGAGCGAUCAAAGUCGUCGUUCAGAGAGUUCUACAUCGUCAAACGUAUCGCGAAAAAUUGAGCGACGUUCUGAACGUCAGAGAGUUAAGAGACAGAUUUUUUCAAACGGACUAACAGAGACGAAGGAAAAUUCGUCAGAAACAAAAAUAACGGAAAAACGCAAAAGCAUUACUCCCAGAAGAACUAUCACAAGUGACUAUUCGUCGGAGGAAGGAGAAAAGGAAGAUCCACCAAGUAGACCGGGCUCUGCGUAUGAAAUAUAUAAACAAGCUGGUGAAUGGUGGAACGUGUUUCCUAAAACUGAUUACACGUAUUCGCAACACUCACAAUCGCGAUAUGAGAUCGCACCGGGUGUAUUAGCGAUGCCGAAUAUGUCUCGGCCCUCGAUUCAUUCGGACGGAAACAGUACGAGCGACAGUGUCAAUUCUUUGAGCCAACAAAAUUUAAGUCAACGCUCGUGUGGCACUAGAGAAAGCUACGGCGAAUCGUUGGAUGAAGACGCUAGAGAAACCAUUGAACAGAAUCGUUUGAACGAUUUGCAUUCUUGUCGAUUGCGGUCAGGUCUUACCAUGGGAGAAAGAUCGGAGGAUUCGAUAGUUUACAAAAAAACUCUCCUCGCACAGUACAAAAGUCGUCGCGAAGUUAUUUACGGUGAACAAAGCGCUUUCGCGAGGGAAGAGCGCUACGGUAUGUCGUCACAAGUUGAUUCGGACACCGAGCUCGAUGAAGCAAUUACAUUACGAACAACAAACCGAGAGAAAAAAUGGAGAAUACGGCAAUGGAUGGAAAUAAUUUGGCGUACUCUUGUCACGUGGAUUUACAGUUUUUGGCAGUUCGUAAAUGUUAGAAUACUUCGAAGAAAAACUGCUACAACUAGUCACGAAUAUUAUCGUUAUCGAGAAUCUAAAUGGAAAAAAGCUUUGGAUCUGAUCGACCGUUUAAUGCAGUAUUUCUAUUUUUUAAUGGUGAGGAUACUGUAUUUAGACACUUGGCUUUUAAGUCGAGCGACAAGUGUUCGACAGCGUUCGAAAGGCAGACGAUCGGGAGUGAUAUGGCUCAUAUUUUUGCCGCCUCUCCUUUUAGCUGGAUUUUGGCUUUUCUCGAACACACUGAACUCUAUCAAACCUUUCUCCAUCACGGGAUUUCUGACUCAAGGAGUUUUCUCGCCGGAAUCAAAAAUUCUCAAGACCGUGGCAAACGAUCAAUCCGAUGGAGAGGAGCAUAAAAUUCUGAUGGAAUCUUUGCUUCGAAGAGUCGAAAAGUUGGAGUCUGCAGAAACGAGCAAAGUGCAAAACAUCGAAUACAUAAACCAAUCGAUGGACCAGUUACGAAAAGACAACACGACGAUAUGGGAGCAUUACGGUGAAAAACUGCACAGCAUUGAAGAAAAUCUGGACAAAAAAAGCGAGGAAAGUUCGAGCGAGAUACGAGCCAUAAAAUUGGAGCUGCAAAGUCUUCGAGAAUUGUACGGAACAUUAAAAGCUUGUUGCGACCAAAGCGCAUCGACUUUGAGAAGCGAGCAAAUGGAGGAACAAGUGGAUCGAGCUGUUGCUGGAUAUUUUGGCGACGGAAUUUCGAAACAGGAAAUGAAUCGGAUCGUCGAAAGUUUGCUUAUUGCCAGCUCUGAAAAAAAAUCCGUCAAAACCGGAGAUGAAGCAGCCGCUCUCGACGAAAACGGUGGGGUUACUUGCUCAGGUUCUUCCUCGAUGUCUGAUGACGAUGUGCGAAAAAUCGUUAACGCAGUCCUCAAAAUUUAUGAUGCUGAUAAAACCGGGAAGGUCGAUUACGCUCUUGAAUCUGCAGGUGGUCAAGUGAUAAGCACACGUUGUACGCAACGUUACAACGUGAACACGCGAGCCUUCAAACUUUUGGGUGUGACGUUGUUCUACGAGAGCAACAAUCCGCGUACAGUGAUUCAAGGAAAUUCGUUGCAACCAGGAGUGUGUUGGGCUUUCCAAGAUUUUCCAGGAUACCUGCUCAUUAAAUUAAGAAGUUUGAUAACAGUAACUGGAUUCACCUUGGAGCAUGUGCCGAGGUCGCUUCUACCAAACAGUGAAAUGAGGAGCGCGCCUCGAAAGUUCAACGUUUGGGGUUUGAAGGAUGAGAAUGACGUGAAACCGGUCAUGUUCGGUGAUUACGAAUUUCAGGAUUCGGAAGAAAGUCUCCAAUAUUUUCCUGUGCAGAACACCAAAAUCACCGAACCCUAUGAAUUCAUAGAGUUAAGAAUUGACAGCAAUCACGGUCAACUGGAAUACACGUGUUUGUACAGAUUCCGAGUUCAUGGAAUCCCCGCAUAGUGGAAUGCUUCAAAAGAAGUGUAAGAGCAGCCUGGAUGUAAAUUUUCCAUCAGGAAACAGGAUUAAACGGUAAAAUAACAUAGUCAGAACGGUGAAUAAUAUUUCUUAAAGCAAAGACGAAAGAUGUGCCUUGAAAUCACUUUUAAUGUGAAUAAUUAUCGCCAUACAUAACAAAAGAGAAAUUACGACUCGGGAGUUUCACAAACAGUCAAAGAAACUCGUCAAGUCGCCAAAAGCGCUUUUUCUCUCUGAAUUUGUGUCGAUCAAGAUUCAGCAUAGAUAAAUUCAAGAGAAAAAGUUUAUCCAGCCGUUCGAAAAAAACGCAACAAUUUGUACCAUUUUUUUUAUCCUAAAGAACGAAACGUUGCGAUUUGGAGCGAAAAUGUUUUUUACACAGUAGUUUCCAAGAGGCUCGGCAAAACAAUCUUUCCAAAAAAAAUUGAGAUUCACUAAAUGCUCCGAAUUCGUAGCCUUAAGAAACGAAUUCCAAAAAAAAAAAAUAAUUAAUAUUAAAAGAAACAAACAUGUAUAAAAAUAAGCACGAGUUACCCAAAGCGAAGUAAAAUUUAAUAAUAUUAUGCAUAAGGAUGCUGACGAGAAAGUACAAAUUAUUCAUGCAAAAAAUCACACAUACAAAAACGUAUCGAGCAAUGUUUUAAUAUAAAUGUAGAGUAAGCGUGAGUCUCGUUACUUUUCGUUAUUCUCGUGCGAUAUCGUUCAGAAGAAAUUGCUGAGAAUUCCUGUUUUUAACGCUUAUAAAUGUAAAAUAUACGUAAUUUGUAAUUCUUGUCAUGUUGGCAGCAUAUCAACGAGCUCAAAAAGAACAAAGCAAAACUCAUACGUCAUUUGAUCUUUUUGCAUUCGAUGAAGUAGUUUUUUCAUUCUCAAGAAUCAAUAUUUUCAAUUUCAUAGAAAACAAAGAAAAAACAAAACAAGAUAAAACUAAUAUAGUUUUGUAUUUAUUUUUGCCAUGGUACAUUUUUAUUCGCGUAACAUUCUGUGAUUUUUUUUCUCCGAGCUUGCCUUUACGGUGACACGAAUGAAUUUCAAAUGAGAAUGAAAACAAAAGUCAUGGCAGUGAUUAGCUCCUACGUCACAAAAUCUCAAAAAAGCUCUCUCUUCAUUACCCCGUAUUUCGCCAACGAGAAGUGAGUCAAAAUUGUUCAAGUACCACGUUUUUAAAAAUCGGUGACCUAUUCCUGAUUUUGCUACAUUUUUUUGAGAAUACUUACGUUUUUUUGUAAGUACUAAAAACUUGUGGUACUUAAGACCCACUAUUUUGAAUUUAAUGCACUUCGUAAUUUCAUUACCUUCAUAUUGAGAUGAACGAAGCCUUCGUUCUUCAAAGCACCGUGUGUCGUUGGUACUUUUACGACAUUUAUGUUUACACUUAUGACCUAAGUUUGUGAAUAAUAAAGAGAAUAAAAAAGGAAAAUUGUAAUUGUA